CAAGGACAACAACAACAAGUUGAUAUACAUGUAUAAAGUGGUAAAAACAACCCUUUGAUGUAUUUUUCUCUUGAACAUUUUUAUUUCACAAAGCAAAGCUGCGUCCUAAAUGAUCAGGAGGGGGGCAGAGUUUAUGUAUGAAUUUAUUUGUACGAACAAGAGGACCAAUGUUACUAAAGGCACACAGGUGCUACCAGGUGCCUGAUGGUGAUUUAGGGUUCAUCCUGCAACCCAACAAUGGCUAGCUUUCUGUCUGAGCUUCACUACUGGACAAUCAGGCACAACACAGCUGCACCAGAAUUGGACAUUGGUUAUCACUGCUACCAUGACAAGGGUGAAACAGCUAGUGGGGAUCAACCGUACUACAAUGAGCAUCAACACUACAUAGAAAGCUGUGACAUGAUCUGGACUCCAAGGAACAAGCGACCAGACAAACUGAGGGACACCCUGAAGGAAUUUGAGGAACUCCUUACCACGAACAAGUGCGUGCUGACAAAGUGGAAAGGAAGGCACCACCUACAGUUGUUCCUGAGCAAUGCCUGCUUUGUUACCAUGUUUGUGGCUGCCCACAGUGGUGAUGUGGAGAGGAUUAUCAUAGACAAGUCCCUGCAAGCAAAACUGAGUGCAGACACAAUCAAUGAUGCCCUGGUGACAGACCACUAUCUGGUCUUUGCCUUCCCAACAUUGGCCAAGCUUGCCCUUGUACAGCUAAGUCGGAAACCAGGCACUGGGGAGGUCAGCAGGAGACCAGAAAGGGUGGAAAAAUUGUCUGCGCUAGACCCAAAGAUUAGUUAUGUGGAUCUCCCUGGACCAACUGGGAGAAGGGUUGAGAGGAGGCUAUCUAUGAACACACUGCAAGAUAUGGUGAUAGUGUGGUGGCCAACAGCAAGUGAAGAGGCGUGGCCGUGGUCCCCCAUGUCAUCAGAGAAGGAUAGGGCAAACCUGGUCUUACUCAGUUAUAACGGGGUGAAGCUUGAGCUGCUGUGUUACAUCAGGACGGAGUGUGAGCCAAUCAGUGCUCACUUCAGUCUGAACCAACCACACAGGGUCUAUACCGUAGAAAAGUCAUCAAAUGUGGAUGGCAAACCCACUGUGGACAGCUGUAUAUAUGAGUGCUCCAAGAACAAGGUCCAAAGAGUUGCUGUUACCACAAUCCCCCUAAAGAGUCCCGUUGUAGGACAAGGGAGAAACCCAGCAGAGGACAAGUUAGUCCUGUCAUGUGAGGACAGGUCCCUGGUGUUGUAUGAUGACCACAGGAGAGUGACGGAGUGCACACAGGCCAUGUUUCCUGCUCCGUUUUUAUCCUGGCACCCUUCUGGCUGUGUCUUUGCCAUCUCCAACCACAGAGGAGAAAUACAGAUUUUAGACAUGGCCUUGGGAACUAUCAACAUCCAGUUGUUGGCAGAGGAGCCUUGUUCACAACUGACCUUGAACACCACCAGACAUUUCAGAAAUGCUGCCCAGCUGGAGAGACUCCAGUGGACACCAGCCACAGCCAUGAGCUCCUCCUCAGACUGGACAGGCGACUGCUACGACUCAGUACUUCUCAUGUUUGACAAGGGACCACUGGCACUGUUAAGAUUUCACCUCGGGGUCUUCAGUAGAGGCAGACUUGGUGCUCAGGAGCUGAUUUCAGAAUUUUUGAAAUCUGGACAAGUUGAUCAGGGUGUCGACCUUCUUAAUGCCCUGAACUGGAACACUGCAGGAGACACCUGCCUCACCUGCCUCAACAUGAUCUUCCACCAUCUCAUGAAGCAGAAACUCAAUGCAGAAAGGGAAGCCCAGCUGGAGAUGUGCCUGGGGAGUUUCUAUGCCCCCACGCGUCCUCUUACUGAGGUGAUUGUCCUUACAUACAGAGACCCCAUCAGUAGACUAGCACGGAGGUUUUUCCACCAUCUUCUCAGGUAUCAGAGGUUUGAAAAGGCAUUUCUUCUUGCUGUUGACAUUGGAGCAAGGGAUCUUUUCAUGGAUAUUCACUAUUUGGCACUAGACAAUGGAGAAACUGCUCUUGCAGAUGUAGCCAGGAAGAAAGCUGAAGAGAUAGAACUGGAGUCAGUCACAACAGAUCAGUCCAACGAAGGCUUUGAGGAGGGCGACAUUAAUGAAGAGUUAAGUGAAGACCAGCUGGAUAGUAUGCAGAAUGGCCAUGGAGCAGAGGGUGGGGAGCACAAGGGACGAAGGUAUUUAUCCCCUGCACAGAGAAGGAUGCAGAAACACAGACCAGAAGAACAGGAUAACAUCAGCCAGGCGACUGAUAUCAGUGACUAUCCCUACCCUGAGGAGGAAGGGGGGUUACCUCCUGAGAUGUACACAGCAGCACUUUUGGAGGAUCCAAUGUCAUGGCCUCAUGAUCAGGAAAACAUGGCAGAAGGAGGGUCAGAUGAAGAUGAAGAUGAUGUAGACAAGACAGCCAGCACUCUGGAAGUCAUCCAUUUUGGACUGGUCUAAACUACAGAACGUUUUUGUCAAAUUUAGAUAUUUUGAUAUCUAGGACUAGUACUGGGAAUGCCAACACUGCUGAAUCGGUGAUGGAAGAAAAGGCAUACAUUUGUCUGAAACGUUUGCAAGACUCUGACCAGUUACGUGUGAAUCACUCCGUCUGGAGCGAACACUUCAGUUGUGUGGGAUCCAUCAAAUGACCUACAAAUGUAAUGACAGACACUGGUACCAGUGAAAACCCUUGGCUGUUAUCUGAUAUUAUGUAGUUCUGGGACAUAUGUCAUGUAAACAUGUACUUAAUAUCCAGAUUCUGAAAUGCAACCAUAUAUCAACAAAGUUGUCUUUGCAUGAUACACAAUUUAGUAUUUCUCUGCCUUUUGGCAAUGUUGUACUCACAUACAUUGUCAUGCAUUGUUUCAGGUCAACCAAAAAUUAUAACUCUUUGUAGAUAGUAUUUAUCAUUGAGGAAACAGUCACAUCAAUGCACUGAUACUAUUAUAUGGUUCACCUGCUGGCAUUUUCCCUUGGUACUGCAGUGGGCUGUGUAUGUACAUGUGUAUGUUUUUACAAUGUGUACAGUAUAACUCUGAAGCUGUGGAUGGUUCUGCAUCAUAUUUGGUGGAUGAGUAAGGUUCAUGAAGAGGAAGGUCAAGUUUUUCAACCUCCUUGGAUCGAUGAUGGGCUUCCUAGCUUUUACCUAUAUACAGUAUUGCAGCAGCUCAACAUUUGAAGGUCAAAUUUUCUGGAAGUGCUAGAUUCAAGAUUUUUAGUAGUGGAUAGCUCUUGGGACUGGGAGCAAGUGUUUAUGUGUUUGUGGAUCUCAAGAUCCGAUCUAGUUACAAGUAAAAAAUACAGUAAUUUGCUUUCUUA